UUAAUUUUUUAACUCGAAAAUGACUCGACAUCAUCAUAUGCCAAAGAACCUGGAAAAUGCAAGCGAAUUUCGUCUUUUUGUGUACGAACUUACGGAAUCGAAGAGCUUUGGCGCCUUUGUUUUGUUCAUCAUUUUGCUGAACACAGUUAUACUUGUUGUUCAAACUGACGAAGCCAUUUCAAUAAAAGGAGGAUGGUAUUUUUCAGCGAUGGACAAUGUCUUUUUGGCAAUAUAUAUCAUGGAGUUGAUUCUAAAACUCUACGCCUUGGGAUCGCAUUUUUUUAACUCGGGCUGGAAUAUCAUGGAUAUGUUGAUCGUUUUAUUCACAACUGUGGAUUUUCUCCUUCCUCUUAUCGUGCGAAGUGUUGGAGCGUUUGACGUAGCCGCGAUCUUCAGACUUCUCAGAAUGUUCCGUGCCAUUCGAGCAUUAAGGGCUCUCAGAGUAUUGAGGACCAUUAGAUUUCUGAAAAAUCUUCAAGUCAUAAUGACGACGAUCCUUAAAUCGUUCCGUGCUCUCAGCACCAUAGUCUUGUUGAUGUUCCUAUUUCUUUAUAUGUUUGCGGUGAUUGGUCGUGAGUUAUUCAAUGCUGUGGACCCAAAACGAUUCGGUUCUCUGGUGAAAGCUCUCAUUACCUUGUUUCAACUGAUCACAUUGGACGAUUGGUUCUACAUGUACACAGAUAUCAUUGAUGUUGAUCCGGCUUAUGGUUAUGUGAUAAUCUAUCUUGCAUUGUAUAUUGUUCUGGAGAACUUCAUUUUCAUGAAUCUGUUUGUUGCUGUGUUGGUGGACAAUUUUCAGAGGACGCUUUCGGCAACUGAGAAAAAUAAAAAGGCUGCCACACGAACCGUAUUUCAGCCCGAGGAAGAUGAUGAGAGCGGCAGCGAAUACACAGCUCAGGAGGAAGAAGAUGAUGAAGGUUAUAACUUACUAACUUGA